GAAAAGAAGCGCCGCCUCGGCCUCUUUCCCAACCGCCGAGUAUAAAUAGCAUCAAGGACAGACCUGGUUAAACUUUUCUCGACCUUCUCUUUGUGGGUGAUUGGUGGUUGGAUUCUCCGCUCCCUCUUGUCUCCCUCUCUCUCUAUCCUUCUCGCAGGUUUUGUCUUUAAACUGCAAUGGCCCGUACGAAGCAGACUGCUCGUAAGUCUACGGGAGGAAAGGCUCCUCGUAAGCAGCUUGCCACAAAGGCUGCCAGGAAGUCUGCCCCGACCACCGGUGGAGUGAAGAAGCCCCACCGUUAUCGUCCUGGAACCGUUGCUCUUCGAGAAAUUCGUAAGUACCAGAAGAGUACCGAGCUGCUGAUCCGCAAGCUACCUUUCCAGAGGCUUGUUCGUGAGAUCGCUCAAGAUUUCAAGACCGACCUUCGUUUCCAAAGCCACGCUGUUCUCGCUCUCCAGGAAGCGGCCGAGGCGUACCUUGUGGGUCUUUUUGAGGACACCAACCUUUGCGCUAUCCACGCCAAGCGUGUGACCAUCAUGCCGAAGGAUAUCCAGUUGGCUCGCCGCAUCCGUGGCGAGAGGGCUUAACCCCCUUCCUUGCCUUUUAUCCGUGUAGCGGCCGGAGGUUGUUUGGCGCCUCAAGCGUGGUGGUGGCUCGGUCAACCCGGAAGCUCGUUGAUCUGUUUUACUGUCUUGUGUUUUUAGCUUCGUUACUAUGAACUUGUUAUUCAGAGUUUAGGAAUUCUGGAAUUCUUUUAUGUUCUUCAAAUGAACUUGUUAACAGCUUCGAUGCACAUACCUUAUAACUGAAUAUGUUCACUGUUUGGUGUUGUUCUAUUGUCAA